AGCUGGUUAGAUCUUAGCUCGAACGGACAGGAACCCUACCUCCUCUCCACCGCGCCACAAUAACCUUCGACUUGGCAGCCUCCUGAAACGGAUCCGGGGAGCACGCGAGACAGUCGCUCCUGAACGACAGGCGUAUGUUGCGUCUGGCCGCGACCAGUUGGCGAUGAAAGUACAGCCGCGUGUGAACGACAGGGAGGCCACCGCUGCUAGCGCUGAAGUCUCACCCGCUCCCGCCUCUGAUGAGCUGCUCGAAGAUCAUGCGUCUGAAGGGGAGCCUGUGAGCGGCAUCUCCACGCGUCAAGUCGUGCAUGCGACUGCCGGGCAAACUGCGCGCGUGGACGAUGUGGCGCUAGCAGGUACAAUCACGGAUUCCAGCGGAGCUCGCAAAAACCUUUCGGUCA